ACAUGCUGAUGCCCAUCUAGAGGAUCCAAACUUGUAUCGCACUAGCUUACAGAGCUAGCGCUCUACAAAGAUGGCAAGCAUACUUUGUAAACCGCUGAGCGCGACCUGCGCGAAGCAGUCCAACGCAACGAGGUUUAAGGGUGUUCCAUUCUCGUAUAAAUGUGGCAUCAGCGCUCGGCCGGGCCUGGCAGGUAAAGUCAUCUCUGACUCCCGACACCCUUUGGUGUGCAAGGCCUCAGCCGCUGCUGCAGCGAAGCCUUGCUGCAAAGCAGCUGCGGCUGCUGCAGCUGCAGCUGCCCCUGCGCUUCCUGAGGGCGUCAUUCUCACCGUGGUAGCUGGCGCUGCCUACACGGCGCUCAGCAUUGUGCUGAUGGCGCUCUUCCCGCGCAAGACCUCGGGCUUCUUCUCGUCGGUGUGGCCCUUCGUGCCGCUGGCCCUGGCGUACCUGGUGCUGCUGGUGGGCUCAUGGUCCCCCGACACGCUCAGCAUUAUGAUGCCGGGCAGCCUUGAAGCGGGACUCAAGGGCGGCUUCAACCCGCAGUUCUUGCCCAAGCUGGAGGGCAUCGCAUCGCUGUUCGGCCGGCUGCCUGUCACUGCCUCCUGGGUGCUGCACAUCAUGUGCGUCAACCUGUUCUCCGCGCGCUGGUGCCUGCUGGACGGCCUGCGCAACGGUGUGCCCACCGCGCACAGUCUGCUGCUAGGCGCUGUGUUCGGGCCCCUGGGCCUACUGUCGCACUACCUGACCAAGGCCCUGACGCGCGCUGUUCCGUCGCUCAAGACCGACCAACAGCCGGUGACGCUCAAGAGCGAGUCCGGCUCCAUUAUCAUCCUACCCUACAGCGAGUGACAGCCAGGAGGUUGAUACUUGGCUGCGAUUGUGAUGUUGAAUACACUUACUACCAGGGGAAUCUAGGCAGCUCAUGCAAGAGGGGCCGCCACUGCACCACACUGAUAGCAGAAGGGCAUGUUGAGACGAGCUGGGUUCGGCGCGGGUGUGAAUCACACAGACUUUGACGGGAGUUCAAUGACGAAUAGAGAGACGGCGGCUACCUGAACAUGAUGGGCUAUGCUUACCCACGGAAUGCGCAGUAUCUUAUGUUGGACGCUGCUGCACUAAUGACACAUUAGGCUGCUGUGGGCGGCAUCUGGUGACGUGGGAGGGUCCUGGGCGUUGACGGAGGCACCAUUGUCAGUAGUUUUAAGCCGCCAGCUGCAACGUGCGGCGGUACCUGGUCUGGUACAUGACCAUCUAGUUGCGGUAACGGAUGAUGCGAGGUUAGAUGAAUAUGCCUUGAUGAUGUACAUGAUUUUUUGCGGAGGACUGCUGACAUUUCAUUGAUGCGCCCAAUUUUGACGGGUUACGGUGCGUAUUACUCAAGCUGGAAGUGCCAUAAUUGGCCCGCGGACACCCCGAAAGGCUGCUAUUCGAGACUGCCACGCUGAAGUCUGGUGACUAGAUUUGAACGCUGGCAGACAGCCUGUAACACACCUCCCAG